UACAGCACAGACAGGGACUGGGGUGAAAAGUCGUAAAAAUGGCGCUGGCCGUUCGUCUUUUGCCCCGCUUGCUGCUCUCUCCGCCGCUGUCCGCUGGGGCCGCUCGACCCCGGACUCCCGGUGGAGCCGGGGGGAGGCCACCGUUGGUUGGACUUUGCUGCUUCUGCCGCCGCCGCCUCGGCUCCGGAGCGGCCCCAUUUCCUCGAGUCACCUGGGCCUCGGCGCUGCUCGCUCGGGGCCCGCAGCGUCCCCUGCUCAGCCCUCCGGGACUCCCCGCCGCCCUCUCUGCUUUCCCUGUCUACCCUCGGCGCCGCUACAGCGCCGAGGAGCAGCCCCAGCAGCGCCAGAAAACCAAGAUGAUCAUUCUGGGAUUCUCCAACCCCAUCAACUGGGUUCGGACUCGAAUUUACGCCUUCCUAAUCUGGGCCUAUUUCGACCAAGAGUUCAGCAUCGCAGAAUUCUCUGAGGGAGCGAAGCAGGCUUUUGCUCAUGUGUCCAAGUUACUGUCACAAUGUAAAUUUGAUCUAUUGGAAGAACUUGUGGCCAAAGAGGUGCUCCAUGUAUUGAAGGAAAAGGUUACUUCACUACCUGACAACCAUAAAAAUGCCCUUGCUGCUGACAUAGAUGAAAUUGUAUACACAUCAACAGGAGACAUCUCCAUUUACUAUGAUGAGAAAGGAAGGAAGUUUGUUAACAUCCUGAUGUGCUUUUGGUAUCUAACCAGUGCCAACAUCCCCAGUGAAACUUUAAGUGGAGCCAGUGUAUUCCAGGUCAAGUUGGGGGAUCAGAACGUGGAAACUAAACAGCUUCUUAGUGCAAGCUAUGAAUUUCAGAGGGAGUUUACACAAGGAGUAAAGCCUGACUGGACCAUUGCACGGAUUGAACACUCAAAGUUAUUAGAAUGAUCUUUCUUGGAAAAAUCAGCUUAUCGGACUUCUGGCAAUUACUACGAAAAAUUAAGGAAAGAAAUUUUUGGAUGAGUUGAUCUUCACUUAGUCAAGUGUGUGGCUUACUUUUAUAUUAAUUUGAAAUAUUUGUUGUAGUAUAUUGGCAUGAUACAAUAAAGCAUUUUCCACAGAUUGUUAUCACCUUCUAUAAAAGAGAUCAAAAUAAGAAAAACUACAACAGCCCAUUGUUGGGGUCAUAUUCAGUAUCAUUUCUAAUGUUACUUGUACACAAACUAAUUUUAUAGACAGUAAAAGUAUUGAAAAAACUA